AAAAUGCUCAUGCUACAUUAUUGAGUGGUCCAAAACCUUUCUGCUUUGGGCUAUAUGCCCAUAUUAUUCUUCAGCCAGAGGCACAAGGGCACAGGCAAGUUGGUGGCAAACGUGGUCACGCAUCUGCCACCAACGCAAACCAACACGCGUUUAUUAACCAGCAUGAAGAAGGCCUACGACUUCAUUAUCAAACUGGAUGAUGUGCCCCAGCCCCAGCCCCAACAAGACCAGCCCCUCACCCAAGACCAGCUCCUCGCCGAGGACCAGCCCCUCGCCCAAGACCAGCCCCUCUCCCAAGACCAGCCCCUCGCCCAAGACCAGCACCUCGCCCAAUACCAGCACCUCCCCCAAGAUCAGCACCUUCCCCUAGACCAGCCCAUCCCGCAAAACCAGCCCACCCCCCCAGACCAGCAACUUAUUACUUUAAACCUAUUCCCGAUUCCCCCAGACUCAGCUCAUGCUCAGCUGCAUAUGGAGCCUCUACCACCCAGGAAAAGACAAAGCAGAGAAGCCCCACCCUCAACCCUUGCCAAAAAGAAGAAAACAAAAAGUUGCAAAUGCAGUCGACAGACAAUUUAUCCGUAUGAAAAAAUAUUGGAGAGACGGAUGAAUGGGGGGAAGGCAGCAGAGGUCAAAGUGCGCUGGCUGCCUUGCGCUUCCUGUGGCAGAGUCUGGGAGGACACCUGGGAGCCGGCCAGCAAAUUUGCCUGA